AUGUCCUUCUUCUCAUCAUGGAUCAAAGCUAUUUUCAUCAUUGGUUUGGCAUUUCCUCUUUAUUAUGAAACUGCUUUUGUAUCUUCUGGAGAAAUUCGCAAAAGGCCAGAAUGUAACGUGUAUAAGGAUCAAUUACACUUUUGCACAAAAGAAAAAGAUCCAGUCUGUGCAACGAAUGGCCAAACAUACUCCAAUAAAUGCCAUUUCUGCAGUAAAAAGCUAGAAAACAAAGGAAAAUUUGAUUUUAGUCACUGGGGUCAUUGUUGCUGA